UUCCAUUUUCUGGGUCGAUUGUUUCCUUCUUGUGCCUUUACUUUUCCUUCGGACACGCAUUUCUUUUCUUCCGAAUACACGGCCCAGACCGCAUUUCUUGGACGCACUCUAUCCCCUCCCUGGCAUACCUUUUCGGAGAAUUAUCUCCUCUAUUUCUGUAUAUGCGAAGCUUUUUCUCCGACGAUUCUUCGGCAUCACCCAUGCAGCGACCACAGUCCCCGCAGGCAUCGCGGCGACCCUCCCUCUCGCCAUCGGUGGCCGACAGCUGGUGCAAAGUCAGCCAAGAAGCCGGCAGCAGCUCCGCAUCUGCAUGUCCGGUUCCAGCCGAUAAUCAGGAGGUGUGGGACACAGUCCCCUAUGCAUUCGCUGACGACAGCGUGCGGAGUCCUGGGGCUUGCAAGGCGAGCAGCAGGUCGCACACAGACAUUCUGUCACUGCUUGCCGUCGACAGGAGGCGGGAGGAGCCGCCAGUGCAGCAGCGUGUGUCGAGCUGGUUGGAAAAGUACCACGGCGCUGACGGCACCCCAGGCGAGGGGCGGGAGCCGUCACCAAACGAGCCCUCCCUGGGCGAUUUUCUGCAGUGCCGGUCGCCGUUCCGGCCCAAAUUCCUGAACCGCCCGCGGAGAGACCUAAUUCAUAUAGUGGAUUCUGGGCACGGCUCAAAGAACAGCGUGGGCUCUGAACCGGACAUGGGGCACCUUCCUCGCUACAUAUCGCUUACACGGUCGGCUAGUGAAACGCGUAGAAAAGUUGGCUGGGUUGCGCGCCGCCUGGACAGCACGUCGCAAAUAGAUGGCCCGGCGAUCCGCGAAUCGGCGAUUGCCCCACCCCCAAGUAGCGAGCACAUGCAGGGCUCUGAAGGCUCGGUGUCACAGAACAGCGGCACGCGGGGUACAGAAGAGCAGCAGCAUCAGCAACAGCAGCAGGAGGAGGCCCUUAUGAGCUCAGGCAGCCCGCGGCCCGGCGACGCAGAGCUUUUGAGCUACGCGUUCCAGGGAUUCGUUGCGUUCCAGCCACUGGAUUUUGCGGCAAGAGCGGCAGCCAUGGCAGCCAUGCGCAACAUGCUAGAGGACGACCAGGUAUCGGCCAUGCCUAGCCCGGCUGUGGAGGACUCGCCACCCCAGCCAACACGGGAGCCACGCGACAGUGGCCUGUGGUCAUACAUCACAGACUUUAUCGAUGACCUCACCAAGGACAUCACGUACAUUCAGUAAUUUUCCGCUAUAUUAAUCGUCAACAGUUGGCCUCUUACAUGUUCUCCGCGUCACCCA